CCUCCCCAGGAUGAAGCCCCCCCCCGGCUGCCGCCGCCUGUCCCCCCUCGGGGCCGCCCUGGGCGUCUGCGUCACCCUGGGCUUCACCCUGGGGCUCCUGGGGGGGCCCCUGCGCCGCAGGGCGGCCCCGCUGGCGCCGUGCCGGCCGCGCUCGCACGUGGUGUUCCUGAAGACGCACAAGACGGGCGGCAGCAGCGUGCUGAACCUCCUGUCGCGAUACGGCGAGUCGCGACAGCUGCGCUUCGCCCUCCCCCACCGCUACCAGUUCGGCUACCCCGCCCCCUUCCGCGCCGAGCGCGUGCGCGGCUUCCGCCCCGGGGGGAGGAAAUUCGACAUCAUCUGCCACAAAAACAUCGCAAAAAAUCCCCAAAAAAUCAGAAAAAAUGGGGAAAAUGUGCAGCGGGUGAUGCCCAACGACUCGUUCUACUUCUCCAUCGUGCGGGACCCGGGCGCGGUGGCCGAGUCGUCCUUCUCGUAUUUCCGCGCGGCGGCCCCGGCCUUCCGGAGCUCUCCGUCGCUCUCGGCCUUCCUGGCCUCGCCCUCGCGCUUCUUCCGCCCGGGCGAGCGCGGCAACCACUACGCCCGCAACCUGCAGUGGUUCGACUUCGGCCUGCCAAUCCCAACAAUUUUCACCGAAAUCCCAGGGAUUUCCCCCAAACCAGCCCCAACCCCAGGAAUUUGA